UAAGGACAUGUUUAUCUCUCCGAUCGUGGCGCCGUACGCGGCUGUAAUCUUCUGAGUUUCAAGGUCUACCAACAAAGUAAUGGCUGAAGGUAGGAUGGUUAGAUAGCAAUAGAGACUGGAGCUGCAGCUCAUGGUUCCCACUGGCAACCAAUACAUACAGCUCCUGCCAUGGACGACAAGACUCUGAGACCAGGCGAUGCAAGGAAGAUAUUUGAGGAACUGCUGCCUGCACAGAACAAGUCGUACAUGUUAGGUCUGGCGCUAAAAUUGCCACUUCCCAUAGUCGAGGCCAUUCAUUCGCAGUAUCAAAACCCACGACAUCGCCUUUUUCACGUUAUUAUCAAGUUCCUGGAGCAAGCGGAGCCCAGACCGACAUGGAGGGACAUUGUAGAAACCCUCAAUAGUCGUGCAGUCAACCUACCAGACCUAGCUAGGAGAGUGGAAGCAGCUCAUUGCCCUGACUCUAUUACAACCUCUUCAUCACCCCAAGGUCCUCGGCGUCUCAUUCCUGCUUCAGUUGCAGCUCAUGGUUCCCACUGGCAACCAAUACAUACAGCUCCUGGCAUGGACAAGACUCUGAGACCAGCCGAUGCAGAGGAGAUAUUUGAGGAACUGCUGCCUGCACAGAACAAGUCUCUUGAGUUGGGUCUGGCGCUAAACAUGCCACCUCCCGAAGUCGAGGCCAUUCAUUCGCAGUAUAAAGACCCACAUGAUCGCCUUCUUCGCGUUAUUAUCAAGUUCCUGGAGCAAAUGGGGCCCAGACCGACAUGGAGGGUCAUUGUAGAAGCUCUCAGGAGUUGUGCAGUUGGCCUACCAGGUAUAGCUAGGAGAGUGGAAGCAGCUCAUUGCCCUGACUCUAUUACAAUCUCUUCAUCACGCCCAGGUCCUCGGCGUCUCAUUCCUGCUUCAGUUGCAGCUCAUGGUUCCCACUGGCAACCAAUACAUACAGCUCCUGGCAUGGACAAGACUCUGAGACCAGACGAUGCAGAGGAGAUAUUUGAGGAACUGCUGCCUGCACAGAACAAGUCUCUUGAGUUGGGUCUGGCGCUAAACAUGCCACCUCCCGAAGUCGAGGCCAUUCAUUCGCAGUAUAAAGACCCACAUGAUCGCCUUCUUCGCGUUAUUAUCAAGUUCCUGGAGCAAAUGGGGCCCAGACCGACAUGGAGGGUCAUUGUAGAAGCUCUCAGGAGUUGUGCAGUUGGCCUACCAGGUAUAGCUAGGAGAGUGGAAGCAGCUCAUUGCCCUGACUCUAUUACAAUCUCUUCAUCACGCCCAGGUCCUCGGCGUCUCAUUCCUGCUUCAGUUGCAGCUCAUGGUUCCCACUGGCAACCAAUACAUACAGCUCCUGGCAUGGACAAGACUCUGAGACCAGACGAUGCAGUGAAGAUACUGGAGGAACUGCUGCCUGCACAGAACAAGUCGCACAUGUUGGGUCUGGCACUAAAAUUGCCACUUCCCAUAGUCGAGACCAUUCAUUCGCAUUAUCAAAACCCACAAGAUCGUCUUCUUCACGUCAUCAUUGCUUUCCUGGAGCAAAUGGGGCCCAGAUCGACAUGGAGGGUCAUUGUAGAAGCUCUCAGGAGUCGUGCAGUUGGCCUACAAGGUAUAGCUAGGAGAGUGGAAGCAGCUCAUUGCCCUGACUCUAUUACAAUCUCUUCAUCACCCCCAGGUCCUCGGUGUCUCAUUCCUGUUUCACUUUCCUCACAACUAACACUAUUAUCUUCGAGCCGUGAAGUUGAAGAGAUGAUUUUGAUGUUAAAUAAAAGAUUUCACAGGCUCAAGAACACUGUCAGAGAUGGUCUGGUGGAACAUAAAGUUCAUGUGAAGAGAGUAGUGGAUGCUCUGACCUCAUUCCCAGCUGAGGAUGACGACUACCGCAUGGUUUUCUUACAGAAUCAUAUUGGCGAUCUCUUCAAAGUAGCCGACAAUUUUGACCUGUUCACAACUAUGAAUUUCCACUGGAAAUACUUUGAUCCCAGUCUACUGGAAACUAUCACUAAAGAGUUUGAGGAGGUGGUGGAGGUCAAAGCUCAGAUGGAGGCCUACAAGUCAGAUUUACGCCAAUUCCGAAUGAAGACACCGUUAACUCUAUUCUGUCAUACACAGAAGAGAAAAAGAAUUAACAUUUCUCUAGAAUUCCAGCAAAUGGUUGCUGAGUUUGAGUGGCCAGAGACUGUAACACUGGAAGAUGUGGAACAGUUUCGACAACAGUAUGCUUAUGAAUACAACUUACAGCAGUGCACCCUGAUGGUUGCAAAAUUUCUAGAUCUUGAAUCUUCCAAGCCCCAGGAUCUGCAUUCCCCAUCGAACUUCCCUUGUACUUCUUCGGUCGUUACACUUCAGAAAGAUGAAAAGAAAGUUUCUAAAAAAUCAAAAAUCCUCAGUGAAGAAACAUCAGCAGAAACCACCGCUUUCACAAAGCAUUCAUCAGCAGAUAACAUCCUGUUUGUUGAGCAGCCAGCUGAAGACUUCUUCUGUCCAGUCACAACUGAUUUUCUGCUCCAGCCUCACCUCACGUCAUGCUGUGGUAAACACCUAUCAGAGGAAGCCGUUUUAAAGACGAAUAAAGCGUGUCCCCUGUGCAAUGAUCCAAAGUGGAAGACAGUUUUGGACAAGCGCUUCCAGCGUCAAGUGAAUUCACUACGUGUGUUCUGUCGUCACGGGGACAGAGGGUGUGGCUGGCAGGGAGAGCUGGCUGCCCUUGAUCGUCACAUCAUGUCCUGCUCCAUGAAAGACGCUCCACAAGUAGAAGAACAGCCAACACUUCACGCGAAUAAAGAUAACAAGAUCAUUGUUGCGGGUGUUUCUAUUUUCAUGAGGCAAUAUUUUUGGUACACUGGAAAGCAAAUGGACUUCAUCUGGGAAGAAGCCGGCAUCAGUCUGCAUUUCCCUGCCGCUCGCUGCAUGAGAAGCAUACAAAUUUCCGUUGGAAUCUUCACAGACCUCGAACAAAAUUGUAUGAUACCUCAGCGAUAUCAGCUCAUGCCUAGGGCAAGUUCGACAUAUGAGAUUAAAUCAAGUGCCCCGCUGCCUGCUCCAGUCAGAGUGAGGAUAGAACACUGUGGAAUUGUAGAGAAAGAAAACUCUUUGGUCCAUAUGGUAGCACACGGUGAUGCCCCCUACCAAUUUAAACCUUUGCACGGUGGACAUUUUCCACUGAAUAAAUCAUAUGGGGAAAUAGAAAUGGCGGAAUUUUGCCUUUUGACGAUUCUGUAUAAUAUUCUUGAUACCAAAAUGAUGUUAGCUGUUUUUGUUGCUCACCUGAAGGAAAACAAUACCAUACACUUUUUAGUAACAAAAAACACUCCAGCAAACCAUACGGCUGUACAAAACAAGUACACAAAUGCAAGUCUUCAACCACCACAUACCAAGCGGUACUUCUACGGAACAACUGAAAUUUCACUUUCAAUACCAGAACUUUCUCCU